GAAAUUUGUAUUGAACAAGGAAGGAACGCACGCUAUCCCCAAACAUCUUAAAUUACACACCAACUCAGAUUUUCGCAAAAAAAUAUGGUUUUAGUCCAGUACAUCGUGUUACGUCGUGAUUUGUUAACUCUUUUAAAAUGGCCCCUUGGUGCAUUCAUUACACAAGGCUGUCAUGCAUCGACUGCAGCAAUCGCCACCUUCUACUGCCAUUCAGACACUGUAGCCUAUUUGGCUCAGUUGGACAGAAUGCAUAAAGUCACUCUGGGUGUUGAUAAUGAAGAACACAUGAAACAGAUAACUGAAAAGCUAAAAGAUGCUGGUAUUGAUCAUUAUUUAUGGGUGGAACAACCAGAAAAUAUUUGUACUGCAUUGGCUACACGACCCUACGAGAAGUCAGAAAUUCAAUCAUACUUCAAAGGAUUAAAAUUGUUGUCAUAAGUAAAAAAAAAAAUUUUAAUGCUAAAUUAUUUCUCAAUAUAUUGGCAUAUUGAUUUUUGUUGAUAUGGUGGAUAGUAGCGUAUUUUUGUAAUAUAAAUUGUUUGUAUGGAAAGUUAGUGUCCUUGUGUGUGUUGUGUUCUUGUUUGAUAAUAAAAGAAGCUUC